CCUCAGUCUUUUUUAUCUUCUUCCACCUCCAAUGGAAUUUGUUUUUGCUUUCUCUUGAUAAAGAAAGACCACAUAUUUUCAUGGAAGAAAAUGCGAGUCUCAUCAUCUGGGAAUCCAAUUCCAUAACUUCCAUUCCAAACUUACUACUUUCCGAAACCAUGACCAACUUUUGUGCUUCAAUUUCCUCAAGCCCUCUGUUUUCCAGCAUUGUCGCUCUCUGCGCUCUGAUCCUCGUCUACUUCCCCAACCAUUUCCUCCAGAUCAUUUUCUCGCCGGUCCUGAUCAUCACCGGAUUUCUCCUCGUCUCGAUUCUCCGCCUCGGCGCAGUUCAGAGAAUCGAAACGGAAGGCGAUGAGCUAAAAGAAAAGGAAACCAAUCGCUCUGUGCUCGAAAGCGAAGAAAACAGGGGAAACUGCAAUGGAGUCCAAGAACAAAUCCCAAGUUUGCAAGAGGACCAAGAUCAAAGAUUUUUGGACUACCAAUCUGAAACAGACUCCGAAGGUGAAGCCGGUUUCGACCCGAAGCCGUGCUUCGAAGACUUGUUCGUCGAGUGGAACGUGAAGGCGCCACUGGAGGUCAUUUAUGAAGAGUACGAAGGUGAAGAAGAUGAGGUGGAACCGAAUGGAAACGAUCCGGACUCGAAUCGAAAGGAUGGAAACCAAGUUCUGGGUCUUGUGAAGCACCCUUCGUUGUCGCUGUGUUACCCGGAGUCGGACUCGGAUAGCUCGUCGGAUGGUGGGUUUUCGGUGCCCGGAGUGUGGGACUCGCCGGAUGCGAUGUGUUUCCGGUGGGAGGAUGAUAGAGAAGGGCUGAUCGAGAUUGCUCUGGACGGCAAUUCAAAGAGAGGCGAAUUGGAUUUUCGGGUUGAUCACGAUCACGAUGAAGAGAAUUUGAUAGAGAUUGAUAUAUCUCCGACGAGAAAACAAUGAAUUUUGCGACGACAAAUGGCAGUUUGACGGCGAGCUUAGGUUCAGCUAGUGUUGGAUUGGUAAUGAGAUUAAUAUCAAUACAAGAUGGAUAUGUUUUUUGUUCCAAAAAAAAAAGAUGGAUUAUGUUUUCUUGUUUUAUGCACAGUAAUCAACAUCAGAUUAAUUUAAAGGCUUUUAAACAGAAA